AGACAUCUACAUGAACAAAUAGAUAAUAUAGUAAAGUGUAUACUUUUGUACAGGUUUCAGACAUGUUUUCGUUGCAAUAUCUAAUUUUAAUGUUACUUGGCAUCAACUGUAAUGCAUUCUUGCUCGAUGAUGACUCGGUCACCAAUCUCCUGGCUUUAUUACAGACCGAGAAAGAAGCAAGAGGCCAGCUUGAAUCUGCUAUUGUAAGCUUACGCGGUGAUAUAGCGAAAGCAAAUAGUAAACACCAGUCGUCACAAUGCCAGUGUCCAGCCAGUAAAGCUGUAGCAUUUUCAGCUACUCUAACCCACGACAUUAGCAGCUUUGGGACCGAUCAGCCAAUUAUCUACGACAAAAUCAUCACAAACGUGGGUGGGGCUUAUGACAAUCGCCACGGUGCAUUUCGCGCACCAGUAUCCGGCACGUACAAAUUUUCCUUUUCUGUUUUGCAAGGAACCAGUCGAAUGUAUAUUGCAGUGGAGCUAGUACGGAAUGGUUCCCCUAUUGGGCGCGUAAGGACGGGUGAUUAUCAAUAUUAUGCAGUCGGCACGAAUAUUGUAAAUGUACAUCUUGACGCAGGAGAUGACGUGUGGGUUCAACACCAAGACUACAUAGGGUCUGGAAUGACCGUUCAGGCCAAGGGAGGGGGAUAUUCACUUUUCACUGGGCAUCUCGUUAAAGCCGACUAAAUGAAAACAUAUACCAAAUAAAAAUUUGAUUCGACAACUUUACUGUUCUUUCUUAAAAAUGUUUGUCAAAGUAUAAAAAGUAAAAGAAAAUAUUUUCACCGCAAUGGACUUUUGUGUAUGAUAAUAAAAUACAUCAAGAAUGA